AUGCCAAUACAUGGGAUCAGUGCAUCGCAACUGAUCGCUGCAGGGAAGGAAUACUACGAAAAGAUAAAGAAACACGGCGAAGUUAAGGAGGACAAAAAGGCGCUGCUCAAGCUCAUCCGCUCAAAACUCAACGGUAACCACACCGUCUCCGAGCUAGACGAGCCCCUAGAGUACAACUCGAGAUGCAAGACAUCAGCCGUUCUUGUCGUCACGUCCGCCAUCGACAUUAAUGGCAUUCAGGUCACUAAGCUGGCGUCCAAGCUCUUGAUGAAGAGUGCCGGCUUGUCACUGGACAGCCUCUCGCACUGGGCCCUUGUGGCCGUUAGCAGAGGCGAAGGAACGUGUUACCUCUACGACCUUAUGAGUGAUCAAAUGCUGCCCACGACCAAAAUAAUGAAGAAUUACCCGAGAUGUUUUCCCGUUACCGAGGAGAUGGUACAGUCCUGGACGGGUGCGAGUUACAUAGGAGAGACGACACGGAAACACGAAGAGAUCUUGGAAAUCGCGUCCCGAUAUAUUUCCGAACAUCCACGAUACAACCUGUUUGAGGCCAACUGCCAGAACCUAGCCGAGGCGCUUGUCAUGGAACUUUGCAACGGCAAAGUCAUCAGCCAGUCCAACCUCGGAGAAGAGGUUAAGAUGCUGUCGACGAGAAUGUCAUCGGCGCUGCUGAUGAAGAUGUCCCUAGACCGUAACGCACUGCGGGAGCUAAAAUCGGAUAUUAAGACAGCAGGAGACCGCCUGAUUGCAUCCAAAGGAUCGAAAGCAGUACAUGAAUGA